ACAGCCGCUGCCGAGGCCGUAGCCCUGGGGCUUGCUUAACAGUGCCAAGCCAACCCGCUCAGGCGCUCAAGGUUUCGCUACGGACGAAGAGGAGGACACCGCUCUUAGACGGCGGCCAAUCAGAUGGAGCGAAAAAUUGUAGAGAGAGAGAGAAAAGGGCCGGCCUCUCUCUCCCUCCCUCUCUCCUGUCUUUCUGCCUCCUCUGCUCAUUUGGCAUUUGCCCUGCUCUCCAAACACCAACUAAUUUUGCCGCCCCAUCUCUCUCUCUCGCUCUUUCUCUCUCUCUCCACACAUCUUUAAAACGGCACCUCGCUAGGCCAUCGUAGUUGGCCACCUACCCCCUCUCUCUCUCUCUCGCUCUCUCUCCACGCGCAAUGGCGAAGCCGCGCAAGAAUAGCACCGCCGCCCAUAGCAACAACACAGCCCAAGCCGCCGCGGCCCCCGGCGGCGACGUCGCGGUGCGCGCGAAGCCGAAGCGCACGCGGAAGAGCGUGCCCAGGGAGUCCCCCUCGCAGCGCAGCUCCGUCUACCGCGGCGUCACACGGCACCGGUGGACCGGCCGGUUCGAGGCGCACCUGUGGGACAAGAACAGCUGGAACGAGUCCCAGAACAAGAAGGGCAAGCAAGUUUACCUCGGGGCGUACGACGACGAGGAGGCAGCGGCGCGGGCGUAUGACUUGGCGGCAUUGAAAUAUUGGGGCCCCGACACCGUCCUCAACUUCCCGGCGUCUGCAUACGAAGAGGAGCUGAAAGAAAUGGAGGGGCAGUCCAGGGAAGAGUAUAUUGGAUCCUUAAGGAGGUCAAUGAAAUUUAUCCACAGGAAAAGCAGUGGAUUCUCAAGAGGUGUUUCGAAAUACCGAGGUGUCGCGAGACAUCACCACAACGGGAGAUGGGAGGCGCGGAUCGGCCGUGUUUUUGGAAAUAAGUAUCUCUACCUCGGCACUUACGCGACGCAGGAGGAGGCGGCGAUGGCGUACGACAUGGCGGCCAUCGAAUACCGGGGACUGAACGCGGUCACCAACUUCGACCUCAGCCGGUACAUCAAGUGGCUCCGCCCCGGCGCCGACGGGAUGGCCGCCGCCGCCGUCGCCGCUGCCCAGAACCCGCACCCGAUGCUGGCCAGCCUGGUGCAGGAGCUGCCGCCGGUGGACCACCUCCAGGGCGCGGAGGCGCAUUUCCCGCCGCCGCCAAGAACGUUGCUGGGCCACACCCCGACGACGUCGGCGCUCAGCCUGCUGCUGCAGUCGCCCAAGUUCAAGGAGAUGAUCGAGCGGACAUCGGCUGCCGAGAGCAGUACCACCACGUCGUCCUCGCCGCCGCCGACGCCGUCCCCGCACCGGCAGUCGUCGCCGCCGCCGACGCAGCAGCAGCAGGCGGCCAAGUACGGCGGCGCCUCCUCGCCGCAGUGCAGCUUCCCCGAGGACAUACAGACCUUCUUCGGGUGCGAGGACGUCGCCGGCGUCGAGUACGCCGACGUGGACGACCUGUUCUUCGGCGACCUGGCCGCGUACGCGUCGCCGGCAUUCCACUUCGAGCUGGACUUGUAGUUGACACGCUUUUAAUCAGCGUUAAUAUCUAUUAAUUCAGCUGGUUUUUUGCAAAUAGGAGAGCCGGAUCACCAGAUGAAAAGAAAGAAAUGGAGAAAGAAACAAGAAGAGGCAGUAGCACAGAAACAGAGUGCUUAGUCUGUUCAGAGGUUUAUUUAUUUAUUUUUACAGUGGUAGUGAAAACUGAAGAAUUAAGAUUGUAUUUUUUUUCUCUCCUUGCUACCUGAGGUAGAGUGAGUGAGUGAGUGAGCAAGAGAUUAUUCCAUUUGUUUCAUUUCAUCCCUGACAAAAAGAAAAGAGCAACCAUAUAUAUUCAUAAACACCCGAGAAUUAUUUUUCCUUCUAAAAUGCAGUA